GGACUUCAUUUUAAGAUUGGAAGGGAUUUUUUGCUUACAGUUUUGACUUUUUAUGCUGAAUUUUUGUGUUAUCACUGCAUGAAUUUGGCAUAGUGGGUAAAAAGUAGCAAAAACUAAUUACAUAUGUCAUUUCAAGGAUUUCAUGGUAAAACACACAAAGUGGAGGAUCUCUGUCUCUGCCCCUCCUGCAUCAUUUGCCUCCCCACGCUGCCCCGCCGUGCCGCUUUCUCGCUCUGCUGCGCGUCUCGGACAGUUUUUCCAGCAGCUCCGGUUCUGUCAGGCUCACCUCAGCUCAGCUCGGACAUCUGCAGCACCGACCACCGGCCAUGGCUUUACGGGACACCGGCUCUCUCCUCGUCGGACUUCUGCUCCUCUUCCACACCUGGGGAGCGUGGGCCGAGGUCGUGGUGAGCAUGGAGGACAGAGUGGAGGUUUCCUUGAGAGAAACGGCUCAGAUCACCUGCAUGUUUACAUCGGAUGACGGCAUUGGAGGCAUGACAAUACAGUGGUCCUAUGUGACGCGUUCAGGUGAAAACCAGAGGAUCUACCACCAGGACUCUCUGAUGACCAAUGUGGAACCAGGAACACCGUACACAGACCGGAUCAGCGUGAACAGCACCGGAGACAUUGUGCUGUCCAUCAGAAACGUGCAGCUGGAAGACGAGGUGGAAUUUGUCUGCCUUGUCACAAGUCUCACAGAUGGGAGUGCGGAGGGACGCACAAAGCUGUUGGUGUUUGAAGCACCAAACCUUCCUACGAUUGAGGGUGUGCAAACAGGAAUCUCUGUCAAUGAAGAUCAUCCGUCCGUGAUUGGGUCCUGCGAAGUCAAAAAUGGAUACCCCAAGCCGAACAUCACUUGGUACAAAGGCAACACUCCACUUCGCAGUAUUCCAGAUGUGGUGAACGUGGUGUCCAGCAUUACUACUGAAUCAAGUGGUCUGUACUCAGUCAAGAGUGAGCUGAGAAUGAAGGUGGAGAAGGAGGACAAAGAUGCUCAAUUCUACUGUGAGGUCACCUACUUUGUUCCUGGAGGAAUGUCGAUGACUGAAACCAGCCUGAUUAACAUCACUGUCUACUACCCCUCCACGGCAGUAAAUAUUUGGGUUGAGUCACCAAAGGGCCAAAUCAAGGAAGGAGACACGAUUGAGCUUCAUUGCAGUGGCAACGGGAAUCCUCAGACCGCAAUCUUUACAAUCAGGCACUUGCUAGAUGACACCACUUGGGAGACCAACAUGUUGGUGCUGGAAAAUGUAACCCGUCAGAACAGCGGCGUUUACGAGUGCAUCUCUAUGGACAUGGACACCGUGGAGGAAAUCUCACAGAACACCUCUCUAUUUGUCCACUAUCUUGGUCGUGCUACUGUGAUAUCAGAAAAGAAUGAGGUCUACCAAGGAGAGGACCUGAAUGCCACCUGCAAUGCUGUCGCUUCUCUCCCGACAGAAACAGCCUGGCUUAAGGACGAUAAGGUGAUCGCAAAGGGUCAUAUUUUGACCCUCCAGGACACUACCUUUGACACUGCAGGGACAUAUGUGUGUAAAGUGACUGUUCCUGACAUCGAGGGAAUGGAAACCAGCGGCACACUUCGUGUUUAUGUCCAGGGCCCACCAGAGAUCAUGGGGGAGGACUUCAAAGAGAUAGGCACUUUUGAUAGUACAGUUGACCUGAGCUGCAAUGUCAGAGGUUUCCCAGUUCCCAAAAUUACCUGGACCAACACUGAUGGAAAGGACAUCAGUACAUCACCUCAAACCGUGACCGAGGAGGGCGCUGAAAGUGUUGUCAGUGUCAAGGUCACGUCUAACAUGAUCGUUUUCUGCAACGCCUCCAACGAGUACGGCGCUGAUGCAGUGACCUUCAGCAUCAAAGCCAUUACACACACCACCACUACUGCAACCACAACAACAACCAUUUCAACAACAGUUUCCCUUGUUCCAGUCAAAACAGCAACACCUAUCCCACCCAAGAAAAUCAAGAAAGAGGGCAAUGGUGUUAUCAUUGCGGUCAUCAUUAUCUGCAUCCUUCUUCUGGCCAUUCUGGGGAGUGUGCUCUACUUCCUCUACAAAAAGGGAAAGAUCUGCGGCCGAUCCGGCAAGCAAGACCUCACCAAAGAGAAGUCCAACAAAGAUAACAUUGUGGUGGAGAUGAAGAGCGACAACACAGAGGAGGCCAUUCUCCUCGGAGUCAAUGGAGAAAAACAACCACCCAACGACCAGUAAAGGGCAUCGAGUACCUCCUCGUGCAGAAGUGAGGAGGUGACUGCAGGCAAACCGACAGCUGCUCCGAUUCUUCUCUCUCAGGCUCAGACCUUCAUGACUUCAAGCUUCCAGCUCAGCUUCUUCUUCCAAAAUGAUGUCAUGGAAAAGCUCAGUUAUCUGUCAGUGAGUAUCAAGAUGGAAGACUGAGACUCAAAUUAUUCCAAAGCUGCAGCUUUUGCUUACCGUCCUUCACACCACAGCACAGUUUCUGUUGGAAUGCAGCUCCGUCUCAUAACUCUGCUAAUAAAUCUUUCACCUUCAAAACCAAGGACAAACCUUAACCUGUACUUCUCGUUACUGCAAGCCUUGUAUACUGCUGAUUGUCCAUAGAACAGUAAUCUGAGCACAAAGCAGACCAGGGACUGUUUUUAUACCCAACUAAGCGUCACCUCAGGCAAAGCAACCACUGAAGAGCAGCCUGAAACAGUGUACAUAUUAUAAUCUAUGUAUAUAUUUCUUUAUUUAAAAUAACACAAUAGAAAAAAAACAACCAAAAAGAAAUGACCAGAUAGUAUUUUUUUCAUUUGGAUGCUCUUUAAGAGAUAGAAAGGGGAGCUUAUUUAGAUGUUGUUUUACUUUUUUUUUUGUCUUUUUCUUGUUUUGCUUAAGUCUGUACACUGAAAUUUUGAGGCUCCAGCGAAGCCUCACCUCUAAAGCCACUUAACAGCCUCACCAAAUGUUUGCCUUUUAGCACCGAAAACAAACCUGGAGGUCAUUUAAUCACAUAUCAUUCACACACAUUGAUUUUUUUUUUCUCUAUAUCCAACUCUUAUCUUUUACACUCCCCAGCUUGUGUAUGUUAAUGAGGAUAUUUUUGUGAGAUGGGUGAAUAAUCUGUUCAGGAUUUGCCAUAGAACUGUUAACAUUGUUUGUAUUUCUCUCUGCAUUUUCUGACCAUCAAUUUAGUUUUGAUAUUUUAUGUGUGUUUUAGUUCAACUAUUGCCAGCAGUCAAGUUACAGAUGCCUUACAAAUUACAUUGAAAGCCAUGUAGAAAACUCCACAUUUUGUACUGUUGGUUAUAUUUAAUGUUCAGUGCACUGAUUUCUUGGAGGUUAUUCAUGCAAGUGUGUUGUUGUGUUUCUCUAAUGUGAAACAGCUGUUUCUUAUGCGUCUGUACACACGUGGACAAAAUUGUUGGUACCCCUCGGUUAAUGAAAGAAAAACCCACAAUGGUCCCAGAAAUAAUUUGAAUCUGACAAAAGUAAUAAUAAAUAAAAAUUCUAUGAAAAUUGACCAAUGAAAAUCAGACAUUGCUUUUGAACCGUGGUUUAACAGAAUUAUUUUAAAAAUUAAACUCAUGAAACAGGCCUGGACAAAAAUGAUGGUACCCUUAAAUUAAUAUUUUGUUGCACAACCUUUUGAGGCAAUCACUGCAGUCAAACCAUUUGUGUAACUGUCAGUGAGACUUCUGCACCUCUCAGCAGGUAUUCUGGUCCACUCCUCAUCAGCAGACUGCUCCAGUUGUCUCAGGUUUGAAGGUUCCUUCUCCAGACGCCAUGUAUCAGCUCCUUCCACAGAUGUUCAAUAGGAUUUAGAUCAGGGCUCAUAGAAGACCACUUCAGAAUAGUCCAAUGUUUUCCUCUUAGCCAUUCUUGGCUGUUUUUAGUUGUGUGUUUUGGGUCAUUAUCCUGUUGCAAGACCCAUGACCUGCGACUGAGACCAAGCUUUCUGACACUGGGCAGCACAUUUCUCUCUAGAAUACCUUGAUAGUCAUGAGAUUUCAUUGUACCUGCAUAGAUUCAAGACACCCUGUACCAGAUGCAGCAAAGCAGCCCCAGAACAUAACAGAGCCUCCUCCAUGUUUCACAGUAGGGACAGUGUUCUUUUCUUGAUAUGCUUCAUUUUUGCGUCUGUGAUCAUAGAGCUGAUGUGCCAAAAAGUUCCAGUUUUGUCUCGUCUGUCCAUAGGACAUUCUCCCAGAAGCUUUGUGGCUUGUCAACAUGCAGUUUGGCAAAUUCCAGUCUGGCUUUUUAUGAUUUGUUUUCAACGAUGGUGUCCUCCUUGGUCGUCUCCCAUGAAGUCCACUUUGGCUCAAACAACGAUGGAUGGUGUGAUCUGACACUGAUGAACCUUGACCUUGGGGUUCAACUUUAAUGUCUUUAGAGGUUGUUCUGGGCUCUUUUCUUACCAUUCAUAUUAUCCGUCUCUUCCAUUUGUCAUCAAUUUUCCUCCUGCGGCCACAUCCAGGGAGGUUGGCUACAGUCCCAUGGAUCUUAAAUUUCUGAAUAAUAUGUACAACUGUAAUCACAGGAACAUCAAGCUGCUUGGAGAUGGUCUUAUAGCCUUUACCUUUAACAUGCUUGUCUAUAAUUUUCUUUCUAAUCUCCUGAGACAACUCUCUCCUUGGCUUCCUCUGGUCCAUGUUUAGUGUGAUACACACCAUGUCACCAAACAGCACAGUGACUACUGUAACCCUAUAAAUAGGCCGACUGACUGAUUACAAGUUUGUAGACACCUGUGAUGCUAAUUAGAGGACACACCUUGAUUGAACAUGUCCCUAUGGUCACAUUAUUUUCAGCCUUUUCUAGGGGUACCAUCAUUUUUGUCCAGGCCUGUUUCAUAAAUUUAUUUCUUAAAAUAAUUCUGUUAAACCACGGUUCAAAAGGAAUGUCUGAUUUUCAUUGGUUAAUUUUCAUAGAAUUUUUAUUUAUUAUUACUUUUGUCAGAUUCAAAUUAUUUCUGUGACCACUGUGGGUUUUUCUUUCAUUAACAGAGGAGGACCAACAACUUUGUCCACGUGUGUAUGUUAAGGAAAUAUAUUUCUGUAGCUAUUUUUUUUUUUUUUAAAUGAAGGAUGAGGGUAGAACAGAUUAUUGGUCCAUGCUAAUUAUGGUUCACGGCAUGAAGUUGCCCUCGUUUUAAGGAAAAGACACGUUUCUGUUUAAUAAAUGAAUCAAUUCAUGUGUUGACUGAAACUUGAAAUAAUCUGUUGGAGCCCAGAGAGACACAGAAUCCCCCUCAAACUUGAUGCCUUAAAUUGACAACCGCUCCUCGCUUACAUGUAACGACAACUGAUCUUCACGCUGGUAACUACAGGAUGUGACUACUGAGGAGGGGGGAAUGACAGUGACUCCACAUAUGCAAAUUAAGUUUGAAGACAAUCAAGCAGCUCUGUGCAGCUGUCAUACGUACCUGCCAACCCUCUGUUAGUCUGUUUUUAUCUCUGCUGUUUUUAAAAGCUACCACUGUUUAAUGAUUUUUAGUUCUGUAAAAUGAAUUUUGAAGCCUCGGAUUUGUGAAGAGAAUUGUACUUAAUGUCAUUCGAGACAUUCAAACCAAUUUCCCAAUACAUUCAUUGUUUGUAGGUUUUGAAAAUUAUACCAAAUAAAGAUUGACUGGUAAGAGAAAAUAAUGAAAA